AGAACCCUAAACCCUACAUGGCUUGUUCUGACAAACAAUAACGAAUAACUUUAAACACAAACGAGAGGGAUAAAAUGGAAAAAUCUGAGACAAAAUUAGAUGUUCUAGAAGAUCCAUGGGAUGACACAUUGUUAAUAAAGGCUUACGACAAUUCCAUAAAACUUGCGCGCGAGGAAUUGGCUCGUCGUAUGGCAACUUCUACUAGCAAAGAUGUCAGUCAUUGCUCAAACGAGAGUAACAAUUUAAAAUCUGUUGAUAUCGCAAAUAUUAACAGAAAGGAUGAAUAUAAAGUCGGUGAUUAUGUGCGUGCUACUUACGAUGAUGGGAUUGAUUACGAAGCCAAAAUUGUUUCGAUAGAUCGCAUCUCUGGAACAUGCCUUCUAAAGUAUAUCGGCUAUGAAAAUGAACAAACAACUGCAUUAGACAACCUAAUUGCAUCAUGGGGGAAAAAGUCUCGUAGACUUCAAUUUGCAAAAGCUAAAUUAGACAAUACUGAUCACAUAAUUAACAUGGAUAAUACGGGAAGCAAAACUUCCAAAAGAAAUAAAUCAUCUAAUCUAAAAACAAUUCCACCACCACCUCCAAUGCCUCCUAUGCUAUCAACAACCCAGAACUGCGAGGAUUCGGAGCAUCUUUCAGCGAUGCUGAUGUCAUGGUAUAUGAGUGGUUAUUAUACCGGCGUAUAUCAAGGUAUGCAAAUGGCAAAAUCGAGCUCCAAAAACAAGAAACUGUAGAUUGUACAAAAAUUUUUAAAUAAUGGAUUAAUAAAUAUACUUUUCUAGUUUGCACGAUAAUAUUAAAA